UUUCUCUCUUUUAAAAUAUUUUUAAUCAACAAUUGAAAUAAAUCUCUUAAAUUUCAUUUAAUUCCGGCAAUAAUUGAUAAUAUUAAUCUGAAUUGAUCCACAAAACAGCCAACGAUGAGCGUUACGCUGGAUAUUAGACUAAAGAAGACCAACAAAACCUUUAACGAAGGCGACCUAGUUAAAGGAGUUGUGAUAAUCAACUCAAAUUCUGACAUCAAGCAUGACGGACUGUCACUAAAUGCUGAAGGAUUCGUUGGCAUGCAAUUGUCAAAUAAAAAUACUGGAGUUUUUGAAGCUUUUUACAAUUCAGUCAAUAAGCCAAUCAUUCUGUACAAUCACACAAUUGAACUUUUGGCACCGGGAAAGAUUUCCAAUGGAAUUACAGAAAUUGAGUUUGAGUUCUUGUUGGAACCGAAGCGGGGAAGUAGUGAAGGCUCUUUUUAUGAAUCUUACAGCGGUGUCUUCAUUUGUGUCAGUUAUUUCAUUAAAUGUGAGCUGAAAAGGAAGUUUUUGGCAAAGGAUUGUCAGGCAAAGAUUCAGUUCUUUGUGCAGAAUCAUCCACAAAAGAUUGAAAAUCAAGUUCCAGUUCACUUCAGCAUCAGUCCAGAGACACUCCAAAAGUCUUCAAAAGAAAAAAUUCACAUUCCACGAUUCCUGAUCACAGGAACUCUUGACACAACAUCGUGCUGCAUAACCAAGCCAUUAAAUGGAACAAUCACAAUUCAGCACACUGAAAUGCCAAUAAAAAGCAUGGAAAUUCAACUUGUACGUGUUGAGACUUGUGGAUGUGCUGAGGGAUUCUCGAGAGAUGCAACAGAAAUUCAGAAUCUACAAAUUGCUGACGGAAAUGUCUGUCCAAAGAUCCAGAUUCCGAUCUAUAUGCAAUUUCCAAGACUUUUUACAUGUCCGACUUUACAGACGAGGAAUUUUAAAAUUCAAUUUGAACUUAACUUGUGCAUCAUUUUUCGUGAUGAUUACUUGAUUACUGAAAAUUUUCAGAUGCAACUGUUUAGAAGUCAAUAAAAGAUUUGUGCU